UGGUUCAUAGACAGUGAUGUGUACUCUAUGUGUGUACCGUAUUUAGGUUUAUUGUAGGUAGUUAGUACUAGACAAAAGUUAGAAUUAUAUUUUUAAUGAUUUUCUUUAACUCAUAUUUAAAAAAAGUAAACGAAAUAAAAAUUUAAUGAUACUCGUUUAUUAUCUGAUGUUUUCAAACCGUACUUAUAAUUCUUUAUAUCUGUUAUAAGUUCAUUAGUCGGCCAACAUCAUGGUCAGUAAAAUGCAUUGGACGGUGCUCACAUUGAUGACCAUAUCACUAGUGUUAUCUUCAGUUGAAACUAAGAAGCAGAAGACUGCAGUUUUAUCAGAUAUAAGUGACAUAAAAGAUUUUAAAAAGAUACUUAGAACUAAAACCAAUGUUUUAGUUUUAUUUGUCAAUGAAAUGAAAAAGGCACAUAAUAUGGUAGAGGUAUUUAAAGAAACUGCUGAUACAAUGAGAGGGCAAGCUACGUUAAUUUUGAUUGAUUGUAACAACAGUGACAACAAAAAACUAUGUAAGAAGUUGAAAGUAUCACCAGAAAAGCCAUUCAUUUUAAAACACUAUAAAGACGGAGACUUCAAUAAGGAUUAUGACAGAAGUGAAUCUGUCAGUUCAAUGUGCAAUUUCCUGCGAGAUCCUACUGGAGACUUGCCUUGGGAAGAGGAUCCUACAGCUGUUGAUAUUUAUCACCUUCUUGAUGGAGAGGCCAUUGUGAAAUUCUUGAAGAAAGGUCCUGGUUCACACAAGAGAUCUAUGAUAAUGUUUUAUGCUCCUUGGUGUGGGUACUGUAAAUCAAUGAAACCUGAUUAUGUUGAGGCAGCUGGGGAUCUCAAGGGCGAGUCAAUUUUAGCUGCAAUUGAUGUAGCUAAGCCUGGAAAUUCUAAAAUAAGACAGUUGUAUAAUAUAACUGGGUUUCCUACUCUGUUGUAUUUUGAGAGGGGCCAGUUUCGCUUUCCAUAUAAUGGUGAAAACAAAAGGCAAGCCAUAGUCGAGUUUAUGAGAGAUCCCGUAGCUCAGCCGAAACAGAAAAAGAAAGACGUUGUUGAUGAAAGCUGGGCUCGUGACACUGAUGUGGUGCAUUUAAAUGGGGACAGUUUUGACGCUAUUCUAGCAAAGGCGGAACACGCACUGGUCGUAUUCUACGCGCCCUGGUGUGGACACUGCAAACGUAUUAAACCAGAGUUCGAAAAAGCGGCCACAAAGAUAAAGACUGAAAAGAUUAACGGAAUAUUAGCAGCUGUCGAUGCUACAAAGGAGCCAGAUUUAGCGUCGAGAUUUGGUGUCAAGGGAUAUCCGACUCUGAAAUAUUUUAAUAAAGGCGAAUUUAAGUUCGACGCUGGACAUGCCCGACAAGAAGACCAGAUUAUUAGUUUUAUCAAGGACCCGCAAGAGCCACCCCCACCCCCACCACCAGAAAAGCCAUGGUCCGAGGAAGAGUCUCCCGUGCGCCACCUCGACUCCUCGACUUUCAGAAACACACUCCGGAAAAUCAAACACAGCAUUGUCAUGUUCUACGCGCCAUGGUGCGGCCACUGCAAAAGCACCAAGCCUGAAUUCGUUAAGGCGGCGGAACAGUUUGCCGAUGAACUGAUGGUUGCUUUUGGAGCUGUCGAUUGUACUCUACAUCAGGAUUUGUGCGCUAACUACAACGUCAAGGGCUACCCGACCAUUAAGUAUUUUAGUUACUUUGAUAAAGCGGUUAAGGACUACACGGGAGGCCAGAAGGAAGGCGACUUUGUUUCGUUUAUACACAAUCAAAUGGGGACUAAGCAGACUUCACAAAAGGCCCCCAAGACAACCCAGGACGCGGGUUUCGGUGCUAACGUCUUAUUGGCCUUCGACGAUGACUUUGAGAAGAUAAUAUCUGUGCCCACGCCCACGAUUGUCAUGUUCUAUGCUACAUGGUGCAGCCACUGCGUGACAGCGAAGCCGGCCUUCAGCAGACUCGCUACAGCGCUUAAGACGGAAAAUGUACCGGUGAAAGCGGUCGCUUUAGAAGCGGCUGAAAAUCCGAAAGCGGCUGACUUCGCAGGCAUACAAACUCUGCCCACGUUCAAACUGUUUGCGGCCGGAAAAUACGUGACCGACUACGACGGAGAUCGGUCCACAGAAGACUUGCUCAAAUUCUGCAAGAGGCACGCCGAGGUAACUUGGGCUUCCAAAUUAAAAUUAAUUCAAUUCUUUGCUGACAAUUUUGAUUUUGAUUAUCUUCAUAUUUUUUAAAAGUAUAUCUAUUUUCUGACCUGAAAAUGAAACCUUAUGAAGAUUUUUAUGUCCUCAUCAAAUUGUCUGUCUGAAAUUGUAAAAUUUGGAGUCGCUGAUUAUGGCUCUGAGAAAUGGAAAGUCAGUUUAACGAUUAUCCUAAUGUUUUUGAUCGUAAAAGAUUGUUUUGUAAUCAUAAAGCUUUGAUUAAUAUAUUGGUUUAUACAUU